AUGCCCGAAAUCACCAUCACCGGCUGGAGGACCCGCGACGUGCGGUUUCCCACAUCGCUAGACAAGACAGGAUCCGAUGCUAUGAACGCCGCGGGCGACUACUCCGCCGCAUACUGCAUCCUCGAAACCGACUCCGAAUUCUCAGGUCAUGGCAUGACCUUCACAAUCGGCCGCGGCAACGACAUAGUCUGCGCCGCGAUCCCACACUUAUCUCAGCGCAUCCAAGGCCGUACUCUCUCCUCCCUCGUCGCUGACUGGGGUACCACGUGGCGACACCUAGUCGCAGACUCUCAACUUCGGUGGAUUGGCCCGGAAAAAGGCGUUAUCCACCUAGCCCUCGGCGCCGUCGUAAACGCAUUAUGGGACUUAUGGGCGAAAUCCCUCGGUAAACCCGUGUGGCGCGUCGUUGCCGAUAUGUCACCUGAAGAGCUCGUGAAAUGUAUCGAUUUCCGGUAUAUCACCGAUGCGAUUACCCCCGAGGAAGCAAUUGCCCUGCUAAAGGCUAGUGAACCAGGGAAGGAGCAGAGGAUUAAGGAUGCGCUGGAGAGUAAGGCUGUUCCGGCUUACACGACUAGUGCUGGAUGGCUUGGGUAUGGAGAGGAUAAGAUGCGUGCGCUUUUGCGAGAGACGCUGGAUAAUGGGUACAAGCACUUUAAGAUGAAGGUUGGUGGGUCCGUAGAGCAAGACCGACGACGAUUGAAGAUUGCUCGUGAUGUUAUUGGGUAUGAUAAGGGGAAUGUGCUUAUGGUCGACGCAAACCAGAUUUGGAGUGUGCCGGACGCUAUUGCGCAUAUGAAGCAAUUAGCUGACUUCAAGCCCUGGUUCAUUGAGGAGCCGACAUCACCCGAUGACGUACUGGGUCAUAAGGCUGUAAGAGAUGCGUUGAGGGAACAUGGUAUCGGUGUUGCGACGGGUGAGAUGUGUCAGAACCGUGUUAUCUUCAAGCAACUUUUAGCCAGCGGGGCUAUUGACGUGUGCCAAAUCGACGCUUGUCGGUUAGGUGGUGUUAACGAGGUGUUGGCUGUUCUACUCAUGGCGGCUAAGUUUAAGGUCCCUAUUGUACCUCACUCUGGAGGUGUAGGCUUGCCUGAGUACACGCAACACUUAAGCACGAUUGACUAUGUGGCUGUUACAGGAAAGAAAUCGGUGCUGGAAUAUGUGGAUCACCUACACGAGCACUUCUUGCAUCCCUCGGCUGUGAAGGAUGGAUACUACCAAACCCCAUUAAACCCUGGAUAUAGUGUUGAGAUGAAGCCUGAGAGCAUGGAUCGGUUUAGCUAUCCUGGCGAGGAUGGUGUAAGUUGGUGGAAGAGCGAGGAAGCGAGACCGAUUUUGGAGGGUGAGAAGAUUUAAAAAUGAGGGGGCUGGAUGAGGCGGUCAUUAGCGUAUGUGUAACAUGCUAUGGGAAGUUGAUUCAUACUCUGUAUUUAGGAGGCACAGGUAGGUGGGCUAGGAAAAGAGGCAAUUUGGACCGGGUUAACAAAUUUAAUACUGCAGUGAUAAUAAGAUUGGUGACUCUUUACAUAGGUAGCCGCAGAAUAAUCUUAUCAUCUCACAAGCACAAAACAUGGCAUGGCAUCACAUCAUCAAAACAAUAC